AUGGAUUCCCAAUCGGAAACUCAGCAGUCUGAGCAGGAUAAGCUCAAUGACUUCGGCCGCUUGACCUUGCAGAUGGCCAAGUAUGGACAGAAUAUGUCAAACAAUUUGCACUCAACAUUUGCGAAUAUGACUAUUCAUGGCUGGAUCCGGCUCAUUGUGAUUGUGGGCGGCUACAUGCUUCUCCGCCCCUAUGCCCUCAAAUACCUGGGCCAGAGACAGUUCGAAAGCAUGGAGGAGCAAGAACGCAAGGACAGGGAAGAGGAGGAGAAGAGGGGAGCCAAGAUCUCACCAAAUCAGCUGCGUGGACAGAACGGGGCUGUCGACCUGGACGAAGAUGAGGAUGAAUUUUUUGAGGAGGACGAGGGCAAGUCUUCCGCAACCAGAUGGGGGCAAAAGGCCAGAAUCAGGCAAAGAACCAUGAUCAAGGAUCUGCUGGAAAGAGAGGAGAGGAGGAGACUAGAGGAGGAGGAUGACAAGGACAUUGAAGAUUUGCUCGAAGACUAG